CUUUAUUAAUUUUUUUUUAGCGUCUUGAUACUAGAAUGCUCACUAGUAUACUGUAAACACACUACCAUAUUUAUUUUUUUCUUGCUACAAAAAAACAUUUUUUAAUAAAAUGGGCGCAAUAGGAUUCGGCAAAGUAGCGCUAUUUUUAAUGCUGGUAAUAGGUUCAUAUGGAUAUGCAGAUGAUAACUCUAAUGAAAAUUCGAAAUCGGGUGAAAAAUUCGUCUUAUUAGUUGCUGGAUCAUGGGGCUGGGAAAACUAUAGACAUCAAGCAGAUGUUGCACACGCAUACCAAGUAGUUAGAGGAAACGGAAUACCAGCAAAUAACAUCAUCGUGAUGAUGUAUGACGAUGUUGCACACGAUAAAAGUAAUCCAAUUCCUGGAACGCUGAUCAACCGCCCUGGCGGCUCGGAUGUAUACAAAGAUAUUAAAAUCGAUUAUCGGGGUCAGAACAUCAGCACUGAAGUAUUUUUUAGUGUUCUCAAAGGGGACAAAAGCGGCGUAAAAGGACUGGGGUCGGGCAGAGUGAUCGAAAGCGGUCCUCAUGACAACAUUUUCAUCUUUUUUACUGACCAUGGAGCUACCGGAGUUGUGUUCUUACCGAACGGCUCGUUGUAUGCUGACGAGCUGAUCAAUGAGUUAAAUGAAAUGUAUAUUAGACGAAAAUAUAAAAAAAUGUUGUUAUACAUAGAGGCCUGUGAAUCUGGUUCCAUGUUCGACGGGCUUCUAGCAGAUGAUCAAGGAGUUUUAGCAGUAACUGCCUCUGGACCUGGAGAAUCCUCUUGGGGAUGUUAUUGUGAAAAAGAGUCUGGAGAAUACUACACGUGUCUCGGAGAUCUAUUUAGUGUCACUUGGAUGGAAGACUUGGACAAUCAUACUAUAGUGGACGAUUCGAGAUCGGUAUUCAAACAAUUCCAAACGGUUAGGACAGCCGUAUACGAAAGUAACGUUAUGGUGUAUGGCGACUGGCGUGUGGGCUUUGAUGAACUAUCUUCAUUUGUUGGUCAUUCCGCAAAUAAAUCAUCGGUUAAGUAUUCGCCUACAACAUACCAGAGCGGGUCUGUCGUGUCCAGUCGAGACAUAUGGGAAAAAUCUGUCCGUGAUGAACUAUCGUCGACUACCGACUUGAACAAACAAAAACUUCUAAAGGAAGAAUUACAUCUUUACAGCAAAACUAAAACAUUUAUUGACUACGUUCUUCGUACAAUCUAUACAAAAUUGAUAAGUGAAACACCGGAACUUGCUGCCGAAAUUGGUGAGUAUGAAAAAACCGCCCGGUUGCAACUUACCAUGAACGCAUUCCCAUGCUACAGAAAUAUAUUGGAUAAUAUUUCCGAAAAGUGUUUUUCAAUACCCAAGAAUACGUACGCUUUGGACAAAUUGACUUUCUUGGCAAAUAUUUGUAUCGUCGACAACAGUUUAGACAAAAAGCUACUGGAGUUUGUAGACAUUAUAUGCGCUUGAUCAAUAAUCCCAAAAAAAUUUUUUAACAUAUUGAUACAACAUUUAAUAAGUAGGUUAUUUGCAAUUUAAAAUGGAAACAUAAUUAGGUGAUAAAAUAAAAUUUGCAUACAUUAUUAUAAA